GCCGUCAUUUGUCAUCCCUAUUUGCGAGAGCUUAAAACGGCGAGAAUUGAAACUCGAGAGAAUCAAUAAGGGAAAGUAUGACUUCUUCUUCGCCUCGUCGUUCUCGCAGUAAUAAUGGAGAGGAAGAUAGGCCAAGAUUCUUCGACUCAAAAGCAAAGAGCAGGUGUUGGGCUAAUGCAGAAGUAGUUCCCGGCCGUCAUCCGGUUAGAUGGCUGAAAGACGCCGCCGGCAACACUGUCUGCAAGCGUUUCUGUAAUUGCCAAGGUUGCCUCUGUUCCGAGUACGACCAUAUCUUUCCUUUUUCCAAAGGUUGAGAGUCCACAGCUGAAAUUUGUCAAAUUCUUCAAACCCGGGUGAAUAGGUAUAAAUCAGACAAAGAAGAUGUUGAUGCUACUAGAUUGAAAGGUUUUUCUUGUGAGGUCCAGUUUACCGAUAAGGAGCUUGACAUUAUCGAAAUGGCUGUUUGCGGGGACGUAAUCCGGCCUGGUAACCAGUGUCGUUGCAGGACUGUUGCUGAAAUGCUCGAUAAAGAAUCUGUAUAGCAAGCAAGGGCUACUCAUUGAUGUAGUAGCUUUGGGAAGAAAAAUCUACCAAUUUCCGAUUAUUUGCAGGGUGUUGAAAGCAUUUUUUUCCAUUUGAUAAGAAUGUUGACCGAAAUAGAAUCUUCCCAGUAUCAUUUGGACCAUUAAUCAAA